GUCCCAUAACCUACAUACGCUGUUCCUAUCAAGUCCACAUUACCCGGCACUCCGUCAUCUCCUGUAUACAAGAUCAGAUGUUAUUUAGUGGCAGUAUAGCGGAGUUGAGUUGACUUUGUGAGUUUCAAUUUGCACGCCGAGGAAGUGAAGACCAAACCUAGCUGAGCUGGUAGCCAGGCACACACCAGUGACUGGAUGCAAUUCACCGGUUUCUGCAGGAAAGGACCGAUUCUGAGCUGCAAGAAACUGGAAAAACACUGGUUUAUGCUGGUGUGCCAGGAUUGUCCGAAACGUUUCGCCUGACAGGUACAGCUUGGGUCAAAUUAGGUUCGAGAUGAACGAUCCUCCACAUAAAACUCUACCGGAACGGACAGUCCUCAACGAGGGCACGGAAGAGGAAAUAGGAUGUUACGGGUACAAACAGAGCGCGGGCAGAACGAUAUUGACAUAUCUUGGAAUUUUCUGCAGCGGAGGUUUGCUGCUGCUCAUAUUUUAUUGGAAGCCAGAAUGGUCCCUGAAAGCACAGUACAUCAGAUGCUCACUACGAGAAGCAGAAGCCGUUCUUCUCAAGGAUAUAUAUAGAAGAUGGCAUACAGCCAAAGUGGAGAGAACAAACGUCGAACUCCCCGACGAUUCAACAUUCCAGAAACGUAAAUACCCACAUAAGACACCGCCAUCUAAUACCCCAACAGAACCAUUGGAUGGGGAUUUCAAAGAAAAAGGCGUCAAUGGCUCAAUGGAAAAAGUCAAUACGCAUGCAACGCAUGUCGCGAAUUCUCAACAAGAGGUGCAAAUAUUCAGCGAUGAAAAACAGAAGAUUAAAUUCUUCCGAUACCAGAAACUGAAAUAUCUAUGGGACCCAUAUGAGGAGAAUUUUUACAAAUUGAGAGGUUUGGAUAUUGAUACGCCAUGCAGUGAUUUCUACAGUAAAUACAAUGGAAUGUCAUUACAGCAACAAGAUAAAAGGCGAAAUCUUUACGGAGAAAAUCUUAUUGGAAUCGAACUAAAGCCGAUCUUUCUGCUAUUUAUAACAGAGGCCAUGAAUCCCUUCUAUAUCUUUCAAUUAUACAGUGUGUUACUAUGGAUUAUCGGUUACCAGUAUAUCUAUUUUUCAGUCGCCAUUUUGGUAAUGUCCAUGGUAUCUAUCAGUUUGACAGUGUACAGUACACGAAAGCAAGCUGUGACGCUACGACAGAUGGUAGAAUCGUCUACAGAUGUAACUGUGUGGAGAGGAGGCGAUGUUUACGAUGUCAUAUCAGAACGAGACUUAGUUCCUGGUGAUGUCAUCACACUUCCGUUAAAGGGAUGUGUGAUGACGUGUGACGCAGUACUGGUUGCUGGAUCCUGUAUAGUUAAUGAGAGUAUGCUUACCGGUGAAUCCGUUCCGAUUACAAAAACUGCACUUCCACCUGAAGAAUUCGGAAUACUCAACACCGAAACGCAUAAAAGGCAUAUAUUAUUCUGCGGAACUGAUGUCAUUCAAUGUCGGCGUGGACCGGACACCUACGUGAGGGCUGUUGUCCUUCGGACAGGAUUCUCGACUUCAAAAGGCACCUUGGUCCGGUCUAUCUUGUACCCUAAACCCAUGGACUUCAAAUUAUACCGUGAUGCAAUGCGUUUUAUUGGUGUGCUGGCAAGUAUCGCUGCCAUUGGAUUUGUUUUAAUUAUCACUGUGAAAAUAAUGAAAAAGGCCACCGUAAAGGAUAUCAUCAUCAAAGCCUUGGAUAUCUUCACAAUUGCGGUUCCACCAGCUCUGCCCGCAGCCCUGACUAUUGGUAUGGUGUUCGCUCAAAGACGGCUGAAGAAGAAAGGCAUAUUUUGCAUCAGUCCACAGAGAAUUAACGUUAGUGGUACCCUGGAUGUGGUAUGCUUUGAUAAGACUGGAACUCUAACUGAAGAUCAUCUGGAACUGCUUGGCGUUGCUCCAAUAACAUCUGAAAGUCUAAUUGCUGCUAUGCCAGAAAAGUUUUCGCCUGACAAAGAAGGUUCAAGCUUUGUGUUAAUCGAAGAUCCAAGUAAACUUCCAAGUGGUCCAGUACUUCAUUGCAUGGGUGCAUGUCAUUCUAUCACCCUCAUUGACGGGGAACUAAGGGGAGAUCCUCUUGAUCUUCAGAUGUUUGCUGCAACAAAAUGGCAUCUGAAAGAGCCAAAGGAAGGUGAAGAGACAGAUUUCAGAACUUACAUGCCAACCAUCGUGCGACCAAUGCCCUGGCCUGGUGAGACGCCCGAAGGUGAAGGACACGAUGGCCCAUCUUCAGCACAAGAAGAUCACGGAGACCAGCCUGAGAUUGGUAUUCUUCGUCAGUUUACGUUCUCAUCUGCUUUCCAAAGGAUGAGUGUGAUAACUCAAGCUAAAGGAUCCAAUAAUCUCGUCAUUUAUGUGAAAGGUGCCCCCGAGAAAGUGGCGGCUCACUGUGAUAACCUGACCGUUCCCGAUGAUUUCCAAGAGGUUUUACAGGAAUAUACUCACCAGGGAUUGCGAGUGCUGGCAAUAGCAUACAGAAUUCUAGAUGAAAGUAUUACUUACAGUGAUGCACAACGGAUAACCAGAGAGCAAGUUGAGAGCGAUUUGACAUUUCUUGGAUUACUAAUUAUGCAAAACACCUUAAAACCUGAGACGAACCCUGUAAUCGCACAAUUGUCAAAAGCACGCAUCCGUACUGUUAUGGUAACAGGUGAUAACAUUCUGACCGCCAUCCACGUAGCUCGUAAAUGUGGAAUGAUUGACGAAAAGGAGACUGUUGUGCGCAUUGAUGCUCAUGCACCAACUUCCGAUGAGGGCUCUUCCAUUCAAUACACCAUUGUACGUGCGGAACUACAUGGACGCGCAUUCUGUAGGGCAAGUGAUUCAGAACAGUCUAAGAUCAGCAACGAGAACAGCGCCCUCGUUCUAGACGAUGAAGAGGAUUUUGAGAGUGUUAAAAUAACAAUGGAUGGAGAUGCGGAAAAGGUAGACCAUUCGACCUAUCACUUUGCAAUGGACGGGAAAACAUUCGCCGUUAUCAUGGAACAUUUUCCGGAUCUUGUUCCGAAGAUCGCCGUAAGGGGGACAGUAUUUGCACGCAUGUCACCAGACCAAAAAGCACAGUUGGUUGAAGCUCUACAGAGCCUAGAAUAUUAUGUCGGAAUGUGUGGAGACGGCGCCAAUGACUGUGGCGCUUUGAAGACAGCGCAUGCUGGGAUUUCUUUAUCCGAAGCGGAGGCAUCUGUAGCUUCACCAUUCACAUCUAGAACUCCAAACAUUGAAUGUAUCCCGACGCUGAUCAAGGAAGGACGCGCAGCUCUUGUGACGUCAUUCGGUGUAUUCAAGUACAUGGCGAUGUACAGCAUGAUUCAGUUUAUUUCUGUGAUCAUUCUAAACACGAUCCAAUCAUUCCCCGGCGACUGGAUGUUUAUGUACUGGGAUAUUGCUAUUACAACCACAGUAGCCUUAUUUGCUGGAAGAAAUGAAGCCUAUCCCAAGAUAGUUGCUAGAAAACCUCAAUCACAGUUAAUGGAGGCGCCUAUGAUCUUCUCUAUCGUCUGCAUGAUUCUUCUUCAAAUGUUAUGUCAAGUCGGUGGUUAUUUUUUCCUUACUACACGAGCAUGGUUUACACCACUAGAACCGAUCAUAGGCGAUAUGAACAUCCUGUGUUAUGAGAGUACAGUAGUGUUCUACAUUUCUGCGUUCCAGUACAUCAUUGUAGCAUUCCUGUUUUCGAAGGGACCCCCAUUUAGAAAGCCGCUAUAUACUAAUAUUCCAUAUACAAUUGGGCUCAUUAUAUUAACACUGUUCACGGCGUUCUUAGUAAUCUAUCCAACGAAGCCACUCGAAGAUUUCUUCAUGUUGAUGGACAUUCCUGAUUUACUGUUUCGUGUUCUUAUCUUAGCGCUAGCCCUUGCUAAUUUCUUAGCAGCUAUAAUAAUCGAGGUUUACAUCGCCAACAGCUCUUUUGUGAAAAAUCUCCUGACAUGCAAGAAGUGUAGAGGGAAGGAUACAUUACCUCGCUACAUGCAACUUCAAAAUGAAUUGUCAGAAGAUCAUCACUGGCCGCCGAUUACGCACAAAGAUAUGGAGGGUGUAAGGAACAGGCACGGGAGAGUGCCGCCGAACCCGAGGAUACCCCCUGCAUAUAUAUCCGAAUCCGCAUUCUAA